UUGCGUGUUGCGUUUGUGUUGUGAGCAGCCGAUUCAUGGACCUUUCAUUUUCACAUGAACUACUCCGACUCUUUCACGUAAUUCCCUCUCUCUGUCUGUCUCGAAGCUGACCAAAGGAACCCCAAACUCCAUCGCCAGCUACUGACAACCCGAUUCUCCGGGGAAAGACCUCUGAACUUCUUAUUGUUUGAUUCGAUGUUCUUUAUGCUUUGCUAGGUUUAAACGGAGAAGAACUUGAGUAACGUUUGUGGGCAAUGAGCUUGGUGAGGACAUGAAGAAAGUAUCAAGAAAAGUCGGGAAGUAUGAGGUUGGCCAAACCAUCGGUGAGGGAACUUUCGCCAAGGUUAAGUUUGCACGGAACACAGAGACCGGCGAGAGUGUGGCCAUGAAAGUCUUGGCAAGGACCACCAUUCUGAAGCACAAAAUGGUUGAUCAGAUUAAAAGAGAGAUAUCGAUAAUGAAGAUUGUUGGGCAUCCCUAUAUAGUAAGGCUGCAUGAGGUUUUGGCUAGCACGACAAAGAUAUAUAUAAUUCUCGAGUUUGUAACUGGAGGACGGCUAUUUGAUAAAAUUGUUCACCAGGGAAAGCUUCCUGAAAAUGAAUGCAGGCGAUACUUUCAACAGCUUAUAGAUGCAGUUGCUCAUUGCCACAAUAAGGGUGUGUACCAUAGAGACCUAAAGCCUGAAAAUCUUCUUCUUGAUGCAUGUGGAAAUAUUAAGGUUUCAGACUUUGGACUGAGUGCUUUGCCCCAGGAAGGGAUUGGCCUUCUCCGCACAACAUGUGGAACCCCAAACUAUGUUGCACCAGAGGUGCUCAGAAACCAGGGUUAUGAUGGUGCAGCUUCUGAUGUAUGGUCAUGUGGAGUCAUCCUCUAUGUUUUAUUGACUGGUUAUCUGCCAUUUGAUGAGACAAACCUUCCAACUCUUUACAAAAAGAUAAAUGCAGCAGAAUUUUCUUGCCCGUUUUGGUUUUGUUUCGGGGUGAAGUCAUUGAUACAUAAGAUACUUGAUCCCAAUCCUAAAACACGCAUUCAGAUUGAAGGAAUAAGAAAAGAUCCAUGGUUUCGGAAAAACUAUGUUCCUGUAAAGCAUAGAGAAGUUGAGGAAGUGAAUUUGGAUGAUGUUUGUGCAGUUUUUGAUGAUAUUCAGGAUUAUGUUAAGCGGCAAACUCGUUUUGUUUCUCGCAAACCAGCAAAAUUUAUUACCUCAACUAUUGAAGCUGUUGCAGAAUCGAUGAGUCUCAAGGUUCAUACCAAUUUCAAGACAAGGCUUGAAGGAGCAUCUGCAAAUAAGGCUGGACAAUUUGCUGUGGUCUUGGAUGUUUUUGAAGUUGCACCAUCUCUUUUCAUGGUAGAUGUUCGAAAGGCUGCUGGGGAUACCCUUGAAUAUCACAAGUUUUACAAGGAUUUAUGUGCCAAACUAGACAAUAUCAUUUGGAAACCAACGGAUGGUGUGGCUAGCCAAAGUCUGUAUUAGAACAAUGACUUGCUGAUCCAGUUUCAUGGGUGUGAUGCUACUCCCUAAGCAGAUCAACAAAGGGUGGCCAUUCCUUUUUGUGGCAAAACAGGAAAAUCUUGCUUUUACAGGGCCCCCAUAUCUUGUCAAUUAUGGUGCACUCGUUACUUUAGAGAUCAGACUAUAAGAUGAAUUACAAAAUGAGAAUGUAUCAAUAAAUUGUGUAGUUUCUUUCCCCACUGUUACACUUGAGGAGACUUGCAAUGCUUGUAUUUAGAGGCUUGUGUAAAUCAGGAAGGUCGUUUCAACAUGAUAGGAGCUAUUUUGUUAUAUAAGAUUGAAUUUCUUAAUUACACAACAUUUGAACUUAAUCAUCUUUACCAC